AUACUGAGUAUUAUUUCUAGUGGGGGCUUGGCGAUAUAUAUAUAUAUCUUUUACUGAAAACAUAAACAAUUUCAAUUAAAGAAAGCUAACUAUAAAAAUCUCAAAAUGCCGGCGUACCACUCACAGAUCAAGGACUUUCGCCAACAGGUGGGCAACAUGGCUAUACUGCCAUUGCGUACCCAGGUACGCGGACCAGCCCCAAGUGCCAAUGUGGACAGCGACAUUAUUGAUGAGUCACUUUAUUUCUUCAAAGCAAAUGUAUUCUUUCGCACCUACGAAGUGAAGUCGGAAGUGGAUCGAGUGCUCAUCUAUAUUACGCUUUAUAUAACUGAAUGCCUGAAGCGACUGACACGCAUCACCAGCAAGGCUCAGGGCCAGCAGGAGAUGUACAGUUUGGCCAUUUCCAAGUUCGAUAUACCAGGCGACGCUGGUUUCCCAUUGAACUCUGUGUACGCCAAGCCACAAACCGCACAGGAUGCCGAUCUGAUGCGUCAGUAUCUGUUGCAGCUGCGCCACGAAACCGGCAAUCGUGUUGUGGAGAAAGUCUUCAGCACAGAAGAUGGCAGACCAAACAAGUGGUGGACUUGCUUUGCCAAGAAGAAGUUCAUGGAGAAGAGCCUGGCCGGCCCGGGCCAAUAAACAAAUAUGAAAUUAGUAAAGAAUUUACAAGUGCUUUCUUCCAAUAUCGAAUUGAAUUGUUUAGUUACGGCGAUGUUUUUUUUAUUAAUAUACAAGUACAGUGUUAUUCGCUUAGCCGCCCACUAAAAACUAUCCAAACUCUCCGAGCAUAAAGAUAAAGAUAAUACAACAAAUAAUAUAUAAAAACACAGAA